ACGCUUCGCUGUCGUGGUCCGAGAGUAUUAAUCAAUAUGGCAGCCACCAGCACCUGGCGCACUUCUUUGAAUGUACACCAGUUUUGUAAACAACUGAAAGAAAAUAACGCUAAAGAUUCACUCAAGAAAAUAGCAUUCGAUGCAAAAGAAUUGAUAGUCACGACUCACGAUGGCGAUCUUUAUGUGUGGGACGCCUACUCCUCUCACAUGGUCUAUUUCCGCCUUAAAAAUCUGUUACCCGAAGCGAAAGAGAAAGCACAUAGAUAUCAGAUUCUGCAGUGUACCGACUCACCCCGCUUCGAUGUAGAAGGGCUAAUCCUCAACCAGUCAGCAAGUCACAUCAUUGUCUGGGGUCUGUCAGGAAUUAAAGUAGUGGAGUUGCCACGGCGAUAUGGGAGAUAUGCGGAGUUUGAAGGCGGCAAAGACAUUGUCUCAUGCAGAACCAUCCAGAUUGCCGAGCGCUAUUUCACAAGUCAGCAAGGAGUCCGACUCCGCGAGGCUGCAUGGCACCCUGGGAGCAGCUCCGACACCCACAUCGUACUGCUGACAUCGGACAACAUCCUCAGCAUCUAUGACCUGGCGGAACCAGAGAAGGCCAUGAAAACAAUCGAUCUGGACAACGCAGGCAGGUUUGACUUCAGCGCUUCUCCCACCAAGAUCAGAUUGAGCUCAGCCCUGGGGGAGACGGCUGUCAGCUUCGACUUUGGACCAGCAACAGAACUGAAGACCCGACAACGCCUGGGGGUAUCUGCCCUCCAGGAGACCCUCCCCGUGUGGCCGGUGUACGUCGUCAAGGGCAACGGGGAUGUCAUGGUUGUCUAUACAAGUCUGAGGUUCACAAGAAACGAGCAGCUUCCGGUGCAGGGGCCGCUGAUGAUGAGUCCUCCCGCCGACGACAACUACGGCCUGGACGCAUGCUCCAUCCGUUGUCUCAACAUCUCCCCUCCAGUAGUUGUCAUAGCAACGUGUGAAGGAAAACUGCAUCACUGUGUGGUCAUGGCAACUGAUGAUGACGACCUCUCUAUUUCGGGUCACUCAAGCUUGGCGCCCCCUCCCAAUGCCAGUAUCUACGAGCCUGUGGCUGAGCCGACGCUGUGGGUGUACGAGAGUGUGGAGCUGGAGCUGUCCCUCACAACAACCGACAUCAUUGAUGAUCGCCUCAUUGAAGAUGAUUUUACCUGUCCAAUACGACUCAAGAAAGAUCCAUGCACUUCAACCCGUUACCACUGUUGCCAUGGCGCCGGAGUCCACAGUGUUGCUUUGCCUUGGCUCAGCUGUGUGCACAGGUUCCUCACAGCUGAAAGCAAUGAGUCAAGUCUCCCUCACAACCAGGAGUGUGUGGUGGAACACUUAGUCUGCACCAAGCCCCUCCCAUCCAGCCCGGCAGCUCCAAUUCUCGGUCUUGACAUCAUCACGGACCCAUCCUUGUCUCCAUCACUGCUGACCUUGACAAGUGACUUUGAGUUUGUGGCGCUGCCCUUAAGCACCAAGUGCAGCAGUCUCAGUGAGCCCCGGUCCUUGUUGUCAGACUCCCCGGGACCAGCAGUAACCUCCCCUCUCCGCCAGCUGAACCGUGAACCGUUUGACCAACACAUCGCCAAGAUUCUCCUUAGAAGCUCCUCACACCCAGUCCUCAAGUCUGGCCCCAAGUCGGAGUUAUCCCAGCAGGAGUGCUUCCAGCUGCUGACUCGCGCCACCCAGGUGUUCAGGGAGGAGUACAUACAGAAGCAGGACCUCGCCAGGCAGGAGAUCGAGACCAGGGUACGGAUCCUCCACGAGCAGAAGAAGCAGCAGCAGCGUGACAUCAGCACCCUCAGCCAGUCUCGCAACAUCCUACAGGACAAGGGGGAGGGGCUUGCUUCAAAGUUGAACUCAGCACAAGAGAACCAGGAAGCAUUGCUGAGGAGACUGGAUCAAAUCAUGAGGAAGAUUCAGUCACGGGUGCCGAUGUUAUCUGAUGCUGAGAAACACAUGCUGAGAGAAUUGAAGACAAUCAAGGGAAACCUGGACACGUUUGCUAAGAAGCUCCAGCAGGUGAAGAUCAAGCAGGACUUCCAGGCACGGACUGCUGCAGGAGACCGGCAAGGCCCAGGGAGUCCAGCCAUACAAAAGGGUCAGAUCAAUCAACUGCGAGGCAUUCUCACACAGGAGGGAGAGGAGAUUGCCGACCUCAUGAAGAAAGUCACGCAGCUCAAGAUGGAGACGAACAGCUGAAGUAGAAAUACUGACAUGGAAACAAGUCAAGGAAAAGUACAAGGCUCGGACAAGACUGUCUGACUACACAACAAUGAAGGCUGCAGGCUAACUGUGACAGUUGGAUCAGUGAUCAUAGUGUUGCCUACCAUGGUUGACGCAACAAGUGACAAAACGGCCAUGAACACUGGCAUCCCUGACGCAUUGUGGGCUGUCUGAAUAUGUGACGUAGCUUCAUAGAAUGUGAACCAAAUUGCAUCAGCUUAGGAAGUUUUAAAGUUUUCUGGAAGAUGACAUUGUCUCAUACAUGGAGUUUUUAAUUGGAAUGUUCACAGAACCUCCCUGUUCAAGGAGAUUAUCGGGCAGUGUGACACUCUGAGGUCAGCAGUGUGUCAUCAUGAUGGCCGUCACCGAUGGGACUCCAUGUUCCUGGCCGCUACCGACGACGCUGCAAGCUGUACUGUGAUUGUUACACUGACGUGUUUCACAACUUUGUAUAUAGUGAGGAAAUACACCUUGUAUAAUGAAA